AACAAAAGCCGCAAACCCCACCGGGGUUGACCCUACGAGCUAACCGAUUUUUGCGUUUCUUCUUUGCAUCCGGACGAUUUUCCUGAGGUCCCGAUAGCCGGCGACGCUACAAAUAAAAGCAAACAAGAGCGUUUAACAUCAGAAACAGACGCGCACGACCACCCCACCCGAUAAUAGCGCGUUACACUCGGUGCUCUGAUGCUGCUACCCCACGGGCUUAAAUAAUCGCCAAUAAUCACCCGAAUGUGCCGCGCACAAGCACGCAACGCGCUAAAGCAGACGCGCCAUCGCGGCUUUACCGAGGUCCCCGAGGGAACGCACAGUGUGCCACUGCUACACCUUCCCACACACGUACGGUGACGGUGAUGUUGUAAUUGUAUAGCAAUUGAAUCUUCAAUUGGCCUACUACUACUACCACCACCAUCAGCAACAACAAUCACCACCAGCAUCAUUACUGGCAGCUUCACUAUCGCUGCUGUGUGCCCUGUGCAAGCUUUCUCUGCGUCGUGCACGCACACAUAUGCCGCUUCGAUCAGGUCGCGAUUCAUCUUUAUUUGCAAGCGGUGCACGAUCCGGCUAGAUCAGUACGCUGAAGUCAAUUGAACCGUACGUACGGUACGUGUACGGUGUGUACCUUACGGACUGGAACGGUAGAUCCGCAACACACAAACACAGCAGCGGGGGGACGGUCGUCGUUGGUUUUGAAUUGUUUCGCACACACCUCCCCCCCCCACACACACACUCAGAAGGACGCGGAACAAUAAGCGAUCAUGUCGCUUACGGUGGAGCUGUUCGAUCUUCCGGCGCACCAGUUCCGGGUAUUUUGGGGCGCAUCCGGUAGCCUGUGGCAAUCGUUGUGGGACCGCCUCCUGGACCUAACUGGUGAUAAUCCGCUCGCCCUUUGGACCGUUGGGUCGUACGUGUACACCUCGCUGAUUUACUGGAGCAUCGGGCUUCUAUACACGAUGUUCGAUGUAACCGGGCGGCCCAGCUUUCUACGCCGCUACAAAGUACAACCGGGCACAAAUGAACCGGUCGACCCGGGCCGUCUGCGCACCGUCAUCCGGCAGGUACUGUUCAACCAGUUCUGCACCGGGUUUCCGCUGCUGUUUCUGAUGUACUACCUGCUACCGGCCGGUACGCGCGACAACGUGCGCGAGUUGCCCACCUUCCUGACCGUCGUCUGGCAGCUGGCCGUCUGCAUCGUGAUCGAGGAGAUAAUGUUUUACUACAGCCAUCGGCUGUUGCACGAUGGCCGCAUCUACCGGUACAUCCACAAGCGGCAUCACGAAUGGACUGCGCCGAUCGCCAUUACCGCCAUGUACGCGCAUCCGAUCGAAAAUGUGCUGAGCAAUCUGCUGCCGAUAGCGGUCGGCGUGUGGACGACCGGGUGUCACAUUUCGGUCGCCUGGCUGUGGUUUACGAUUGCCAUCUCGAACACGCUGCACGUACACUCUGGCUACCAUCUGCCGUUUCUGCCCAGCCCCGAGCAGCACGACUUUCAUCAUUUGAAGUUUAACCAGUGUUACGGGGUGCUGGGUGUGCUUGACUGGCUGCACGGAACAAGCGAUAUGUUCAACCGCUCCAAACAGGCCAAGCGGGAUUAUAUUCUGACAAAACUGGAACCGGUACGAGAAACCCAUCCGGACCAGUAGCGGGCGAGAGAGAGAAGUCAUUACAUCAAAAAAAGAAGGUGAUGUGCACAUUGUAUAUGAGUGUUUUUUUCAGCAAAAAAAAGGAAGUAAUCCUCCUUCUUGAGGAAUGUGUUAUUGUUUUCCAAAGCCGUUUUUCUGUGCCGCUUCUGUUUAAGGAGCAACGGCAGCAGAAACCAAGCCCCUGUUAAUAUAGGCCGAAGAGUUGAGCAUUUUUUUUAUAAUAAAUAUUUGCAUCACUGCAAACAAUCAAA